GCGGCAACCAAGCACCAGGCGAAGUGUUCUCUUGGCUAACAUAAAAUUUGCAUCUGUUACUUUCUUUAUUUCUAAUGGAACAAUGUGAUUCGUUUGAGUUAAAAUCUGAUAUUAAAUGCGCAGCUUUUAAUAUACUUCAGUUCAGUGCAUGAAUUUCCUUAAGUCUCAAUCAUGAAAUCGCCGAAAGCGUGUGUGCAAACUCUCGUCGGCUACAGUUCUUCCCUGACUCAUCUGCACAACCUAUUCAAGGGCUUCCUCUGGUCCUCACAAUGCUUGUUCAAAGACAGCAGAGACAGCAUUGCUGCCCUGAACCACCUGACUGCCGCUCUGAUCGACUGUUUCCUUGGGGUUGUCAUCAUGCACUAUUUUCUUAGUCUUGUCACCCCUCAGCAGUUGAUCGAUUGGACGAUGUCCAUCAUCGAUGAUGGUGUGGUGUCACUCAGGUCCCUUUUAUCAUUUUUGAUGGGAUCCCCAGCAGGGCUCAAAUUAAACACCCAUCUCAACAGAUUUCUUGGAAAAUUUUUCAUCUACAAUGUCAACCUCUGGUGGGUUUUCCUUGAUCAUUGUCAACCAGUCUUGUCGAUAGCAUUCCACGCACUUCGAUGGCUUGGAUUUUUAGGAAUCACAACUCAUGUUGCUAUUAUAGCUGAUCUCAUUGCUCUAGCCAGUUUCCAUGCUUACUGCAUUUACGUGUAUGCCGCUCGUUUUUGUUCACUUCAGCUAAAAGCUUUGAUGUAUCUUUGGAGGCUCUUCCUAGGCCGAAAGUGGAACCCUCAAAGGCAAUGCGUUGACAGUUUUGAUUACCCUCCAAGCCAAUUGUUUGUUGGAGUUCUUCUGUUUACUGUCUUGAUCUACUCAUUGCCGACAACAACAGUUUACUAUGUGUUCUUCACAACGAUUCGGCUCUUGUUCUAUGCCAUUAAUGGUAUACUGACAAGGGUCCGUUAUUUCAUCCGAACAUUCCCAAUCAUUAUUACUCUUGCGUGGAUUUUCAGCCUCAAAUAUGUGUGCACAAACACCGUAAUGGUUUUGAGGGAAAAGCAGAACUCUGAUGUCUACACUGUGGAGUUAGUGCCUAGUCGCGCUUCGUUUUGCCAAGCAGUGAAAAAAGCAAACGAUGAUUGUACUUGUGUUAGACCAACUGGUGCAGAAUGGCUGAAGAUUCUCAAAAAUAUUUUCACAGCCAAGCUAUUCUAGUCACGUGUUUAGUGCUCUUAGUGCGAAUUUAGAAUAAAUUUUGGUAAUAUAGUGUAUAUCAAAA